AUGGAACGCACCAACACGCAAUACGAUAAGUACACAAAAAUUUGGAGUGGACCAAGGCCGGUGAACUUCUUUGAUGUGGACUGUUCGAUUGGUAAAAUACUGUUCGCCUUCAUGCGCAAUCAUCCAGAGAAGUUGUGUCAGAUUUCCGAUACGGAGGGCACGGCACUCACAAAUGGCGAGGCCAUUUCCUUUGCCGUGCGCAUUGCCCAGCAUUUGCGGGCCUUGGGAUUGAAGCAGGACGAUGUGGUGGGCAUUGCGGGGACAAACACCACGUACCUCAUGCCCGUGGUGCUCGGCUGUCUGCUCAAUGGCACACCCUUCCAUGCGGUCAGUCCCUGGCACGACGAGGCCACCAUGAAGCAUCUGUUCUGCAUAACACGGCCCAAGAUCGUGUUCUGCGAUGGCAAUGUCUAUGAGCGCCUGAGUGUCAUCAGCAGGAUCUUGAAGGCACACAUCUAUACGUUGAAGGAGCAUCGUCCGUUUCUGCCACGCAUCGAGGAUCUGCUCGAACCCACCAAAAUGGAGCUCUACUAUGUACCUGAGCCCCUUAAGCUGGGUGGAGAUCAAACGGUGGCUAUACUCUGUACCUCGGGAACCACUGGGCUGCCCAAGGCAGUUUGCAUUUCCAACGCGGCCUGCCUCUUCGAUUUCGGCUUUGUGACCGGCCAGGACGUCAUGCUGUCCUUCAGCACCAUUGACUGGUCCGUUGGGAUGUUCAAUAUGCUGUACAGUUGCUGCCACGGCUCCACCCGCAUCAUCACCGAUCGCGCCUACUCGCCCGAAUAUUUGCUCCAGCUGGUGGAGAAGUACAAAAUAACGCUCCUAACUCUGGUGCCUCAGCAGGUGGCCUCGUUGGUCAAGGCGCCCACACUGGCCAAGCAGCGUCUGGAGACAGUGCGGUUCAUCAGCGUCGGCGGCGGCAACUGUUAUGUGACGAAUCUGCUGAAGAUGCAGGAGUAUCUGGUGAAUGGUCAGAUAUCGUAUGGCUAUGCGUUGACUGAGUGUGGGGGCGUGGCCGCCAAUAUGGGCGUGACGAAGCCCGCUUCGGUGGGCAGAGUAGUGCCCGGCGUCAAGGUCAAGAUUCUGGACGAUGCUGGUCGGAGUCUGGGGCAUGGCGAGACCGGCGAAAUACUCGUCCACAACGGCAAGGUGUGGAACGGCUACUAUGGCAAUCCGAACGAAUCGAAGCGCCUGCAGGACUACCAGGGCUGGUUCCACACCGGCGACAUGGGCUACUUCGAUGACGAGAACUAUCUGCACAUUAUCGAUCGCAAACGCGAUAUGCUGCGCUUCCAUGGCGCCCAAUACUGUCCCUACGAGAUCGAACAAGUCAUAGCCGAGCUGCCCGAUGUCAUCGAGGCUUGCGUCUUUGGACUUUGGAACGAGGUGGACGGGGAUCCUGCCGCAGCAGCCGUCUGCAAAGUGUCCGGCAGCAAGCUAAGCGAACAGGAGAUUGUAGAGUAUGUGGCCAAGCGUUUGAUUGUCGAGCACAAACAGCUGCACUGUGGCGUCUUCUUUCUACCCGAACUGCCAAAAACUGGCAGCGGAAAGGUGCUCAGACAACAGGCUCGCGAUCAGGCACUGGGCAAGAAGUGGCCGGAGAGUAGAAAUAGUAAUGGCUACUAGAAAGUGGAAUAGACUCACAUUUAGUGAACCCCUUCUUGUGUCUCACAAAAUGCUGACUUUUUCUAAAACCGCAACCUUUUCUCUUAAAGUACUUCAAACCUAUUUAUUAUUUAUGUAUCAUUUGAAAU